AUGUCCGCUUCAUUCUCCCACAGCGAGGGCAAUGCUUCUGUCACAGACAGGCAACCGAUGCUACCGAGUGAGGAGGGCCGCCAGGAGCCAACAUGCUUCCCGCGACUCCCGCAGCCGCCUGAAGCUUGGGUCUGUGCACGGCCAGAGGAGCCAGUGGCCGUCCGACGUAAGAUUUCAGGCAGGGUGGUCCCCCACGAUGAGAUCGACGCCUACUCCGUGGCACCAAGCAGCGUGUCGGAUGAGGCUGCCGGCAAAGGCAGCCGCGAGCGAAGUGCCCGCGGCACAAAAGGCGGGCUGGCACAAGAUAUCUACCACGAACGAAGACUGAUCAACGAACCCGCGCCGGCUGGCCAGAUACCACGGCCGUCGCUGUCCCUCAUCGAAUCCGAUCUGGAGCAGCUCUAUGCGGCGGCACGGGCGCCCCACGCCUGGAAACAUUCGUGCGAGCCAGGGCUGCAUGACUUGCGCAAUCUGGCCUGCCGAAGCGACCAAGAGCCUGCCUGUGUGUCAUCUCUGCAUCACUGCCCGUAUUGCCAGCGAUUACCCGAGAUUCCUGCAGCCGCUACUGCGCCCAGGGGCCCAUGGAUUCCACCUCCCGCGGUCCUGGAUGAGGACUCGCGCAGCUUCUCGUUCUCGGAAGCUGGCCAGGAGUCACGAUUUAUCGGCUCAUGGAGGUCGGUGCAGCCGCAUGAAGGCUCCUUGCCUUGCACGGUGCGAACAUCAUCAGCAUCGUGCGGUAGGAAAGCCACUCGUGACGUCGAGCACCCACAGUGCAGUGUGCAACGGGCCGAGGAACAGUCCCAGGCGUCGUUUGGCUCUCGACCAAGUUCCCAAAGAUCAAGCAGAACCGCGCUUCGGGAGGAUCUCGCGAAAGAGACACAGGACCAGGUACAUGCUACCAGAAGCCGUCAGGCACUAGUCCAGCGGCAGUCCGGGCCCUCGACGAGCAGGCAUGUUGAGUCGCAGCUGCGGGUCGCUGAGACAGACUCGACGGCUCUGAGAGCUGCGCGGCCAGACCAAGUGGAGUCAAAUCUGAAUCCAUCUGAACAGGCAUCGUGGGAUAGACACAGCCGCUUGCCGCCGCCACCGGAACGAUGGCUAGAGGCACAGUCCUUUGCGGAACCCGGGCGCCAGCUCCGGCGUUUGGCAAAGCGGAGAAAAGCCCUCGCCAAGGAGCUGCGAGCGCGGCUGCACCAUAUGGAGCAGCACUGUGGCCUCCUCUCCGAGGACUACCGGCGGCUGGCCGGACUAGACACUGAGCUCCACAAGGUUGUGGCGACACUCCAGAAAGCCUUUGCAACGGAGCACGAGGCCAUGAUGCUCAGUGUGAAUUCCCGUGAUAGCUGA